UUAAUUCUUUUUGAUACCUUGAUCGAAAACAAGGACAAAACACCAGACAUGGGGAGACACUCAUUUCCUGUGCUUUCUCAAAAGUUUCUUGUCGACGAAAAAUAUCAGUUUGUUCGAGAACUAGGGCAAGGAGCGUAUGGUGUCGUGUG